AGGAACCAGACUAACCGGGGAUCCGCCACUUCCUUUCUUGCAGAAGUUCGUCGUUCCCUUUUACUGCAUUCCAAGUUUCUGUAUUUGAGUGCAACAUUCGUGGUCGACAAUGAAAGGAUUUGUCGUGGUUUGGGGGCUGGUUGCUUUUGUUGGCACAUGCUUUGGUGCUCCAAAAACAACUGCUCCGACUGCUCCAACACAAGAACCUGCCACAGUAGUACCAACUACUCGUGCACACACCACCACACCUCCUCCAACUGCUCCAACACAACAACCUGCCACUGUAGUACCAACCACUCAUGCACACACCACUACACCUCCUCCCAAGGUCCCUGUUUUUGGGGGCAGGUACCAUGCAAGGGGCCAUGUUAAGCUACCGUAUGCUGAGCUGGAUGAACCAUUUGAAAUCUAUUUUGAUGGUCCCAAGGCAAUGGGAAGAAUUGAUUAUUACAAUGGUUUGGACAAGGUCUUCUAUCGUGGAGACCAGAAGCCUCAUGGAUUCACGUACAAGAUUUCACCAUCAGUGAAAGGGAAGGGCACUGAUGUCCAGCCGGUAUCCUGCUUCCAAAUCAACGGCACCAAAAGCGCUACGGUGAUGCCACAAAACAUGCUCCCUAAUCUAAAAAACUUCACGUAUGCCGGGCAGGAAAUGAUUAAUGGGGAGUCUACUGAUGUGUGGAAAAAAACUGUCUUUGAAGGAGUAAAAAGAGCUAAGGUCAACAGAUAUUCUUUCUACGUUUCCACUAUGAUGCCUGUUGUCCCAGUCCGCUAUGAGAUGUUUGGUUAUGACUCUCUCCUCGGCUCUCAUUUUGACAAGUAUGUCAUUGAUUUUGAUUUCUUUGACAACAUGACAGCCAUAGAUCCUUCCACAUUCAGCACUCCAAAAGGUAUCAAAUGUGGAAGUUUUCCUGGUCCUGGUAUAGAGCAACAUAUUGUUGCUAAUCCCUACCGUGAAUUGAUAAAUCCAGAGCUUGGAGAUCGUUACCAUGAGAUGUUUACUGAACACAAGGCCAUUCAUGGCAAACAAUACACCGAUGCACUGGAGCAUGCUAAGAGAAGGACUCAGUUUACGCACAAUGUCCGAUUUAUUCAUGGUGUUAAUCGUCAAGGUUUGAGCUACAAACUUGGAGUUAAUCAUCUUGCUGAUUGGUCUGAGGAUGAGCUCCGUGUGAUGCGUGGUCGUCGUACUUCCACUGGUUACAAUGGCGGGGCACCAUUCCCUUAUGACGAGUUCAAGAGUGCUCCAACUCCUCCAGACUUUGUUGAUUGGCGUCUUAUGGGGGCUGUGUCUCAAGUCAAGGACCAGGCUAUUUGUGGUUCAUGUUGGAGUUUUGGAGCUACAGGGACGAUUGAAGGAGCCUACUUCUUGAAGAACAAGAAAAUGGUGCGUUUCUCGCAGCAGAAUUUGAUGGACUGCUCCUGGGGCUUUGGUGAUAAUGCGUGUGAUGGUGGCGAGGAAUGGAGAGCAUUUUCAUGGAUUAAACAGAACCAUGGAUUGAUGACUGAAGACGACUAUGGGUCUUAUAUGGGACAGAAUGGAAUGUGUCACUAUGAUCCCAAGAAAGCAGCAGUUCAGCUUAAAAGCUAUGUGAAUGUGACAUCAGGAGACAUGAAAGCUUUGAAGACAGCUGUGGCUAGUGUUGGUCCCAUCACCGUUGGUAUUGAUGCUCAUCUUAAGACGUUUGGCUUCUAUGCCUCUGGGAUCUACUAUGACAAGAACUGCGGCAACAAACCUGCAGAUCUUGAUCAUGCAGUGUUGGUUGUGGGCUACGGGUCCCAGAAGAUGGGGAACCAGACCACAAACUACUGGAUUGUUAAAAACUCCUGGUCUACCUACUGGGGCAAUAAUGGCUAUAUUCUCAUGAACCAACAAGGCAAUAACUGUGGUGUGGCUACUGAUGCAUCUUAUGUUGUCCUCAAGUAGAAUGUGACGAGUUAUCCAUGCAGACUCAGCACACAUUCUGUGUUGGUAUGGUUUUAAGGUUACCUUAAGGUAUUGGUAAAUAAAACAUUGGUGUCUAACUUCCUCAAUGGUAGCCUGUAAGGCAGAUGGCUAAGGCAUACAACUUGAAUGCAGACGAACCAUUCAGUGCAAAUUUGCAACCCAAAUUGAAAUUUCCGACUGUUUUAGUAAAUUUAUUUUCUGCAGUCUGUACUAAAACAGCUGUUAAAAUGUUUGACAAAUACUCAGAAUGGAGAUAAUCAUGAAUCAGAAGUGUUGUGAUGGAAGUUUCUUUAUGAUUAUUAGAAAAGAAUCUGCUACCAUGUUUGAGUCAAAUUGACUUUAACUGACUGGUAUCCAUCAUCAUCACCUUUCCUUGUAAGUUUUGUCAGUUUUGUCUUUUCUUUGAUACA